AUGGACGUUGAUAAUUCUACGACUAAUUCUACGGCCUCAACUGAAUUAUUUACUACGUCUUACGGCACUGAAUCCACGAAACCACCCGCAUUGAGCAAGGAGCAGAAAGUGUUGGGGUUAUGGAUAUCGAUUGGUAAGACAAGAUGUGUUUUUCAAGAGUCUUGUAACUUUUAAUAAAUAAAAAUGAUUGCGCUUCAGCGUGCAUUGGACUCUUCUAUUUGGUGCUGGUAGCACUUGCUGCCAUCUCGUUGUUCUACCGAGUACGAUAUCAGAACGAGACGUUGAGCGAGAUCUUCUGCGGAAAGAAGGCGCCGAAAGAGGUGGUCACUGCCUGUUCCACCAAGACAGCGCAGCAAAUGGAUGACGUUCCGUGUGUGCGCGUGCCCGCAUUCCCAAUGGUAAGUGGCGAGAACCAGUUUGGGGUGUAUCUAGAAAAAUGAUUAUAUGUAUUAAUUUCUCCCACUCCUUCACGGCCUCAAAUUGCAUGCAAGACAACACUGAGUGCUUGGAGAUAAUUCUCAUCAUAGUUAUUAGUCGGAAUUCGAUCGCCUUUACCGGUCACGUACGCCUCCUGAACGCUGUUCAAUAUCACGUUUCUGGGAGCGACGAUCUUGAUUUCGUAUUUCUUUAUCAAACCCACAGUUAACUGUUUUAAAAAAGAUAAGGUAAUUGGAAUUCCAAACUCGCUGGGCCCGGCCCAGUCCGGCCCCAAAGCCAUGUCUAAUCAGAGCACGAAACCAUUCCUAUUUUCAGUCCGACUCCCAAACCAAUGAGGUCAAGACGGUCGACUGUCGGACCGCUGAAACUAUGGCCAGACCCGAUCUUCAAGUGGAAAAGACCCAAUCGCCGUCCAAAGAAGAACCCAAAAGAGAGGAAUCUCGCAUGGACAUGAGGGUGGAUCUAAAGCAAGACCCGAAACACAAGGACGAAUCUAUCAUGAUCUAG